UUGUGACAGAUGGAGGCAAAUGUCAAAAUAAAGCCAAAUGAUAUAUAAUAUUGUAGUCUAAAACACGGAACGAGUAAAAAUUGAUUAUUCUUCUUGAAAUUUUACAAUUUAGCGAGCGUUGUGUUGUCGUAAACCCAGUUAAAAUGGACGAUUCACAAACGGCAUCACAGCGGCUGACGAAUGAUGAUUUUCGUAAGUUGCUUAUGACGCCACGAACAUCGGGAUCAUCGUCAGGCCAUGCACCCGGAUCGAUUCGAGAGGCGAUGGCCAAGUCAUCAGGCGGAGUGACAAAAUUGGAUAUGCCGCCACCAUCCGAAAGGCAUGAGGCUCGUCGAAAGAAAAAAAAUUUCUAUGCUCAAUUGAAAAAGCAAGAGGAUACAAAACUCCAAGAAUUGGCUGAAAAAUAUCGUGAUCGAGCCCGUGAGCGACGUGAUGGAAACAAUCAAGAUUACCAACCGAUUGAUCCAACGAGCGGUGCGAAUGCUUAUCGUGCCGUUGCACCUGAUUCAAAAUCUGGCAUGGAUGCAGCAGAACGUCGUCGUCAAUUGAUUCAAGAGUCAAAAUUCUUGGGUGGUGAUAUGGAGCAUACUCAUUUGGUCAAAGGUUUGGAUUACGCACUGUUGCAAAAAGUUCGAAGUGAAAUCAUUGUAAAAGAACAAGAGCAAGAAAUUGAAAUGGAAAAAUUGGCCGAAAUGGCCGAACAGAAAGAGAUCGAAAUGAAAGACGAAGAUCCUCGUCCGGUUAAAGAGGAGCCAGAGUAUCGAACGAUUAUGGGACGAAACAUUUAUAAUACAAUUCAAUUCUAUCGAUCGCGUAAUGUUGAACGCAAUGAAAUGUUUGGCGCCGGUCGAAUGGCAUAUUCGUAUGAUGUUAGCGAAAUACAAGAAGAAGUUGAAUCGGAUAUACCAACUACGUUGAUUCGAUCGAAGGCCGAUGUGCCACAAGAUGAUGAAGAUUUGCACACGUUGACCACAAAUGAUAUUGUUAUCAAUAAAUUGGCACAAAUCUUGCUGUACUUGCGCCAAGGUGGAAAGGGUAAAAAGAACAAACGGCGAGACAAAGAUAAACCAUUGCUUCAAGAUGAAGACCACAUGGAAUCGAAUGAAAACGAACGAAAUCGCUCGAAUCGCGAAAGUAAAAGUAGCAAAAAGCCAUCAAACGAUUUAUCAAUUUAUGAUGACUUGGACGAUUACAGACCAUCACGACGCGGAGACGAUGGAGCUUCAUCGAGCAAGCAUCGCGGCCGAGCCUACUUUGACAAACCCAGCGAGCAGGAAGAACGUGAAGCAGGCAGUAUUAAUGUUCCACCACCGCCGAAAAUCAAUACGAAUCUAAUUUCAAAGCUAUCGGGACAAGUUGAAGGGUACGCUGAAUGUUAUCCUGGUUUGCAAGAAAUGAACGACGCGAUUGACGAUUCGGACGAUGAAGUGGAUUACACCAAAAUGGAUCUUGGUAACAAAAAAGGGCCGAUUGGUCGUUGGGAUUUCGAUACGCAGGAAGAAUAUUCAGAUUAUAUGAGUUCCAAGGAAGCUUUGCCCAAGGCAGCUUUCCAAUACGGUGUUAAAAUGCAAGACGGUCGCAAGACACGCAAAAACAAAACCGAGAAGAACGAAAAAGCCGAAUUGGAUCGUGAAUGGCAGAAAAUCCAGAAUAUCAUUCACAAACGCAAAAACAAAGAGGGUGGUGGUGGUGGUGGCUCAAGGAAUGACGAACCAGAAUAUAAAAUUCCAAAACACUAACACGUUUCAGUUUAAUAUAAAAUCUAUUUAUACCUAUUAUUCUAGCCGUAUUUCGACUUGCAUGAAAAACUGCCAUUUGUGCAGUUACUUAUUCAAAAAAAAACAAUAGUGUUCAUUCAUAAUAAACAUUUUCUUUCCUGAAAUUCUAAAAUUCAUUAAAAAAUA